CCCCGGCGGCGACGGCGCCGCCGGGGAGGAGCCCUCGCCGGAGAUGCUCCGGUGGAAUCGCCUCGCCUACGAGUCCCUCUCCACCCCCGACGACGUCGUCGUCUUCGCCAAGGGCGUCAACACCCGCUCCGCCGCCGCCGCCGCCGAGGUCCGCUGCGUCUACUACUCCGUCCACGGCGGCGCCGCCCCCUCCUCCUCCGCCGCCGCCGCCAUUAGCGCCGCCCAGGAGGUGUUCCGCUGCCCCCACCCCCCGCCCUCGCCCUCGCCCUCGCCCUCGCCCUCCCUCGAAGUCGGCGCCGAGCUCCGCGUCUCCCUCGCGACCGGCGCCGCGGACGCGACCCCGAUCCCCUCCCUGGCCAGUUACCGCCCGCCACGCGCCCCCCCGGCGCACGGUAGCCCCGCGGCGCCGCGGUCGCUAAUCUGCGCCUGCACGAUGGUGUACAACGCGGCCAAGUUCCUCGGCGAGUGGGUCGCGUACCACGCGGCGAUCGGCGUCGAGCGCUUCUUCCUCUACGACAACGCCAGCGACGACGACGAGGAGGAGGCCGCGGCGAUCCGCCGCCUCUCCUCGGCGGGCCACCGCGUGUCGUCCCGCUACUGGCCCUGGCCCAAGACCCAGGAGGCCGCGUUCUCCCACUGCGCCGCGGCGCACCGGGACGCGUGUCGCUGGAUGGCCUUCGUCGACGUGGACGAGUUCGUGUUCUCCCCCGACUGGGCCGGCUCGCCCCGGCCCAACCGGUCCAUGUUGGGCUCGCUGCUUCCGGUCCGGCCUAACAUCGGGCAGGUCAGCAUGGGCUGCUACGAGUUCGGGCCCUCGGGCCUUUCAGCCCACCCGAAGCCCGGCGUCACGCAAGGGUACACGUGCCGCAGGCGUGCGGCCGAGCGGCACAAGUCGGUCGACCGGUCGCUGGCCAACUCGGUGCACCACUUCUCGCUAAGAAAAGGUUUCAGGACCAGACGGGUCGGGACGGUCCGGGUGAACCACUACAAGUACCAGGCGUGGGACGAAUUCAAAGUGAAGUUUCGGCGGCGCGCGUCGGCCUUCGUAGCGGACUGGUCGACUGCGGUGAACCCCGGUUCGAGGGACCGGACGCCCGGGUUGGGGUUCAAGGCGAUCGAGCCGGUUGGGUGGACUGAAAUGUUCUGCCAAGUUCAGGAUUUCAAGCUCCGAGACGCCACCCGAAGGUGGUUCGGCGUGGCGGGGCCCCAUGGGACAUAUAAAAUGGUAUGGGAAUAAAUUUUUUUUUUAAAAAAAAAAACUCAAAGAGAGAGAGAGAAAUACUGAAACACUGCAAAAAUAGAUUAUUAAGAAUAGGUGGCAUAAAGAUUUUUUUUUUUUUUUUUUUUUGUUGUUGUAAAAUGACAUUUUGUAAUAAUAUUUGUAAAUAAAGAAAGUAACAGUGGUAAUAGAGAACUUGCUCACAUCGGUAUAUUAAAAGGA